CUGGCCAAAACAGCUAGCAAUUAGCUAGCUAACGUUAGCCAGUAUCCAGUAGCAGUGGUAGCGCAGAGAAACUCGUGCUCCGUCCACAUACCAAUGACAGGGACACUAAACUUACAAAUAUGCGCCUGGAUAUUGACUGAUAUUUGGCUGGCUAGUUUUUCCUAUCUUUAUCGCCAACGCUCUGUGAAGCUAUCUCUGAUCUGAAAGGCUCAGUAACCUAACUCUCGGAUAUGGAUCCUGAACGACUGAAAAGAAGAGAGGAGAUUCAGAAAGCAAUGAGUUUUAUCCAGUCAUCAUUGCCUUUUCCAGAGCCAGAGAGUUAUGAGACAUUUCUGACCCAGUUGGUGUGUAACUUGCUGGAUGAGGGCAAUUCUUGCUUUCGAGAUGGAGAUUGGCGCCAGGCGACCCAGCAGUAUGGGGAGGGAAUAAGUGUUGCCCGCUACGCCCAGGCUGAGGCUCUUGUCAUUCCUCAUGAGCUGCUGGAGAGCCUCUAUGUCAACAGGGCUGCUGCCUUCUACCAGAUGAGGGAGUAUGAUCGAGGUGUUCAGGACUGUGACAGUGCACUGUAUGUGUCAGAAGGCAGCCGCAGGGCUUUGUACCGGAAAGCAAUUUGUCUGAGGGAGUUGGGACGACUCAGAGACGCCUAUGAGUGUGGAACCAAAUGUCUCCUCACAGCACCACACGACCGACAGGUGAGUGACCUGGCCCAGGAUCUAGCCAAUAAACUGGGCCUGAAGGGCCGUAAAGCUUACGUCAGCCCUCAGACAGAGUCCACAGCCAAUGAAGGGGAGAGUCACGGGGAGACUUCCCCACCCACGGGAGAGAUGUCCUCCAACGGGCUGGAAUCUCUGGGUGACAUUGGACCAGCGGACAUAUCAAGUGCACAGUGCAUCCCAGCUCCUUUGGCCACGCCCAUCCCAGUCAGUGAUGAACCGGCACCCCCGUGCACCGAAUUGUCAGAGAGCCCCAGCAGCCAAGCCCUGCCUCCAAUGCCGUACUCUGUCCCGGUAUCUGAGCACAUGGACGAAUGCAGCGUCAUCAAAGAUGAGCUAGACAGUCUGCUGGAAUGCAUCCCCAAGAAAGUCAGUGAGAGUCCAGUCCAGGGUGCUAUACCCACCAACCUUCCCAACACUGCGGUUGCCCUCCGGCCUCCAUACUCCCCCAACCUUCCAGCCCCGUCACCCAAGCUUCCCCCAGCCUUCUUCAGCUCCCCCAUGAGUGACAUGCCCCCUCUGGAGUCUUACUCGCCGCUGGCCCAGCGGGACCAAGGCUCCACCCAGGCGCAGGACGCACUGGGAAGCUUCGCCACAGGGGCUACGGAUGGAGAAGGGAAAGCAGGAGUCGCCGCUGGUGGGCUGGACUCGUUGUCUGAGUACACUCUCCCAGGGGGACGAGUGUGUCCCAGCUUCAUCCCGGGAAUGCGCAACAACAGCGCUGCACACGCAAAUGGUCCAGCAGGAACAAACCUGUCUCUGCUCUCCAGGAAUCCUCUGGCAGCCACGCAUGAGUUUCGGCAGGCCUGUCAUGCCUGUUACAGCCGAAUAGGUCCACAUGUGAUGGACUACAAGUAUCAGCCAGAGGCAGCACACCGCUGCAAACGAGAUGUUCUGCUAUGUCGCCUCAAAAACACAGAUGACCCCACCUGGAAGAGGAUCCGGCCCCGGCCUGCUCGGAACAACUUCCUGGGGGCAUUUGUACUCUGUAAAGAGGUGCAGGAGCGUCAGGAGUGUCAGUACGGGGAGAACUGUACGUUCGCUUACUGCCAGGAGGAGAUUGACGUGUGGACGCAAGAGAGGAAGGGUGCACUGAGCCGAGAGCUGCUGUUUGAUCCACUGGGCAGCACAGAGCGACGGGCGCUCAGCGUCACCAGACUGCUGCAGCUCCACAUGGGCAUGUUCAUGUUCCUCUGUGAGGAAUGUUUUGACAGUAAGCCUCGCAUUAUUAGCAAACGCAGCAAAGAAAACUUAGCAGUCUGCUCAAACCUCACAGCUCGACACCCGUUCGACGAUAACAAGUGCCUGGUGCAUGUGGUGAGGUCAGCCAAUGUGCGCUACAGUAAGGUGCGUCCCCUGCACCCCCUCUGCCAGUUCGACGUAUGUCGCCAUGAGGUUCGCUACGGCUGCCAGCGAGAGGACAGCUGCUCUUUUGCGCACUCCGUCAUAGAGCUCAAAUGCUGGGUCCUACAGCAGGAUACUGGUAUCACCCAUGAAGAGAUGGUGCAGGAGUCUAAGAGACAUUGGCAAAGGCUGGAGCAGAACGCACAGAAGCAGCAGAAGCCUAUCCAUAUCCCACAUCCGAGCAGCAGCGUACCUGCAGGAGGAGUAGGGGGAAUGGUGGGUGGGGGCGGAGGAAUGGGGGGAGACGGCCUAGGUGGAGGCGGUGUGAGCCCAGUGGGAGGUGUUGGGGUGGGCGGUCUGGGAGCAGUAGCGGGACGGGGACGUCCCCUCAACCUGAAGAUGAAAUUUGUGUGCGGCCAGUGCUGGAGGGAAGGACAGGUCAACGAGCCCGACAAGAACCUCAAGUACUGCACAGCCAAAGCACGGCACAGCUGGACGAAGGAGCGUCGGGUUCUGCUGGUGAAAUCAUUUGAGAAGAAGAAGUGGGUUGUUGUUCGGCCUCUGCCUUUCUCCCGCACCUACCCACAGCAAUAUGAUAUGUGCGUGCAUGUGAUGAAGCAGAAGAAGUGCCACUAUAUUGGGAAUUGCUCGUUCGCUCACAGUCUGGAAGAGAGGGACGUCUGGACGUACAUGAAGAACAACAGCUUGAGAGACAUGCAGCAGAUGUAUGAACUGUGGCUGCAGCUCACCAAUCAGAGUAGACGCACAGACAGCUCUGCUGUGACCCCGCCCCCAGAGGACAAGCAGGUCACCAUAACAGCAGAUUACACAGAAAGCAUGGGAGGCCGGCGGUUGUCAGACGGGGACGACCUCUGAGUUUUGCUGUGUUGACCAGAGGCAGCUGAGCUACAGCCAGAGACCGACAGGCAUGCCACACCAGCUACAACUGAACAGUCUGUCACCUUACCAGUCUGACCUCCUCUAGCAUCUAGCCAGCAGUGCGAGAGAGCAGAUGGACACACAACAAAACAGUUGACCCCACACACACACACACACACACACACACAAUACACACACACACACUCGAAAACACACAAACACAUUCACUCAGUACGAUACACAAAUUACAGGCACCGAUUAACGCAAAGAGAAAGCUUUGUUAGUAAAAAAAAGUACAGGACUUUAGCGUUUUGUUUUAUAUCAUGCUGCAGUUACACACAGCUCCUUUAGGUUCCCCUCCAGCACAUUGUACCGCAGAACUUCCACAGACAACUAGUUCUACUCUGACUAAAUUAAUCAGCUAGUGUUCCCUAGUGCUCUUUGGAUCAAUUCUGUGUCCACCAAGCACAUCUUUUGUUUUUGUUUUUUGUUUUUUUAAAUCCUCGCAGGACUGAAUUAAUCCUCGGUUGGGCGCGCUGGUCGCAGCUCUUGAAUAUUGCUUGGUGAUAAGUCGAAACUCAAUUGAAGCUCAGCGCUCACACAGGAAGAAAAAGAAAGUUAAAAUUGUAACUUUGGAGUGCCAAAAAUGCCAAGCCCUCAGUGCCGUCGAUGGCAGAUGAGACUGAAGAAACGAUGAAGCAUAACUGAAAGAGGUUCUUGGUGGACACUCCUCGUAAAGCUGCGUAACAACCAAAUCCUACUCUCCUCCCUUCAUGGGAAUAUAGCGAGAGGAUCAAAAUAACUUUUUGGAGAUAAAUGAUUUUACGCGUCAUUUUUUUUCCAAGGGGAGUUGUACUUCCUUGUUAUAUUGUCUGCCAUAUUGGUAGAACGCUAUGAAUGUAACGCCUGCAUGGGCCUUUAAAACGAGGAAAUUAGUCGUUUAAAACAUUGCUGUGGUUGUGGAAUGUAUGCAAGUCUUACUUAUAUGCCCCGAAAACAAACUUGUGUAACAUUACAGUUUCCCCCAGCCUCCUCUUUAUUGAUAGAAAAAAAAAGGUCCUUUGAUAGCUGGUUGUGGAUUCAUAACAACAGUUGCAGUGUGGGACGAGCACAGACAACACACACACCCUCACAUAUUAACCUUGUAGUUGCUGUCAGCCAACGUCCAGGUGAAUCAAAGCAUGCUUGAAUGUCAGCUCCUUUCAGAUUGAAUAAAAAGGGGGUUAAAAUGACAAUUUGGCAACAAGAAAAAAUCUCAUCUUAACAUAUGGGGAUAAAGUAAGUAGCUAUGCAGUGUCAUGUGCUUUAAGCUGCUGACAGAUGUGAAGCUGGUGUAGGAGGGCUACACAGAAGUGGCUGCAGCACAGGUGCAAAGUCCUGCCUAGAGCUGCUCUCAGCCAUAGAUCAGUUCAGACCGCCGUUGCCCAUUAAGAAAUGAUGACCUCACUUGGACUGAAGCACAGUGAAAAUAGAGACUGUGCAGAAGGUUUAAGUUGUGAAAAAAUAGCUUUGUAGUAAUUUAAGAAGAAAAAAAAAAGAAGAUGAAUGAUUAUUUAAAGACUAAAAAUCUGGGAGAAAAUUAUUGAAGAAAAAGAUUGAAGGUAAUUAAGAAUAUAUUUUUCUAUAGUCGGUCAUUAGAUUAAGAUAAUUUGAAUGUAAGGGCAAGUUGCCAUGUGUUCAGUUGAACUGGGGUCAUUAUUUCACUGAAACCCACCAUGCUCGCACAGCCUUCAAAUGGAAACCUGUGUUCCUCAUGCACACACACACACACACACACACACACACACACACACACACACACACACACACACACACACACACACACACACACCCAGAUGUUUUGUUCCAGAUAGCUAACGGUAGCCCUGAGAUAAACCUUUUCAUUACGUGAAACCUGCUAGCUUGAGACAGGGAAACGAUUCGCACCACACAUUGUGCCUAUAAACAACACAUCCACAUGUGACACGAACACACACAUGCAAAAACGCGCACACACACACACACACACACACACACACAGGCAGGAUAUCUGUUGUUAUCAUAUUCUAGCCUUUAAUGUGGACGGAGAAACAAUGGAGGUAUGUUUAUAUUCAAAUACAUAUACACACAUAUUAUGCAUAUUUACAAAUAAUGGUAUACUACUAAUAAUAAUUGAUAACUUAGCGGUUAAGCUUAAUAAAUAUAUAACCUGAAAAGCUGUAUUGAUUACAUAGAAGAACUUCUUGUUAUUGAGGUAUUGCUAUAUGACAUGUAUCGCUGAACUAGAUGACUAUAGUGAAUUUUUUUUUUUUUUUUUUUUUUUUUUUAAUGAUUCUUUUAUUUUGUAAUUCUUCCUUCUGUGUGGGUUGUUCCAGACAGGGUUUGUUUGAAGGGAUUGCAGCACAGAUUGAUUUGAGUUUCAGGCUGAAUAUGUGGAAAUGGAUUACUGAGGGUUAAAUCUUUACAUGAGAGCAGAGAAGUGGAGUGAGUCAUCCAACUGAGAGGGCUGCUGCUGUUUUUUUGUUUUUGUUUUGUUUUUGUUGUUUUACUUCACAAGUACAGCAUCUAUACUGCGUGUGCACAACAUGGAAAAAUUUCCUGUGCUGCUAAUUUUCUAUCCAGAGUGGCUUCAGCUCAGUGCAUUAAUCCAGAGAAUGGCUUCACUUUCCAAAAAUACUGAUAUUACACUAAAGCAGUUCUGGGAAUAUUAUGGUUAAUGGGUGUAAAAUGUUAAAGGAAGAAUGAAUUGAAAGAAGAGACAUUUUCCCGAUAGAGGAGGUUGUUAAACCACAGAAUAAUCCACAUGUGUUUUGUGAUGUUCCAGCUCUGUCUGCAGUCCCUCCAUUGAGGUCAUUGUAUAAAUAGAAAAUAGAGAAAUGGUUGCAACACCAAAGUUGUCUUAAUUAUCCAGCUCCUGAAAACUGACUUAAUCAGAAUUUAGAUUCCCAAUGCAGAUCUCAGAUCAGUUUCACUGGUCACUUCGGCAGCGGUUUUUUGGGAGGUUGAUAAUGAGCCCUUGUCUGGAACAGCCCAGGUAUUAGCUUCUUUGAGGGAUCGUAUUAUUACUACUCCUAGUAUUAUGAUGAAUAUGAUGACGAUAAUGAUUGCUAUCUAUUGACUAUUUCUAUUUCUCUUCUAUAUGCUAUUGAUAUAUGUAUGUUAAUUGCAAUGUAUAACUCUCUCUUUAUAUAUGUAUCCAUGUAUGAAUAUAAUAAUUUACAGUAAAUAUGCGUCUGUGUAUGCAGCAGUGCACAGCUCUGUCUGGGAGGCAGUGAGCACAAAACAUCCAAUGUCUUGAUAGUCGCUGUAAGGUUCUUGAGUUUUUAAAUCCUACAGGUGGUGACGUCAAUUAUCAGCCACCACCGGCUGUAGGUUGUCAAUAGUACAAGAUAUUUUACACAGUAUGGUAGACCUGCUAUAUAUUAAUGUUGUCUGAGCUCUGUUUGUAGGCCUUAGGAUAGUUAAGGCACUGGUCAAAGGAAGAAAAACAAAAAGAAGAAAAAAAAAAAAAAGAUAGUUGAUGAUUUAAGUAUAUAUAUAUAUAUAUAUAUAUACUGUUUACUGUUUCCCCUCGUCAGUGUCUCAAUGUUGACCUACUAGCAGAGCUCUUUGCUCACUGCCUGUGCUGUGCGUUUUUGUGUAAUUUGAUUCACCGGACAGAAGGACAGAUCUGGAAACAUAAGCAUACAUAGAGGCCUAUAUACUCCCAUAUAGCGCCUUAUUCGAUAUACACCACCUAUAAGAUGAUACAUACCCCUAUUGUAUAAUCCUGCUUACUAUAUACAGUAUAUGAUACCUGAUACCUAUUAUAAUACUUAGACACCCUUAUAAGGUAAUUUAGAUAAGAGAUGGUGGAGCUGUUUGGUUUUUUUUUUGGUUUUUUUGUUUUUUUUCUGUGGCUGUGGAAGAGUUUGCUGUGGUCAGUAACGUGUUCCCAUCUUGUUUUUCAUUGAGUUUAAAAAGUUGUUAGGAGAGAGUGCCACAUACUCAGAUGGACAAAAAAAAAAAGAAAAUUGUCCAUCCAUUGAGAAACCUGCUGAAAUGAAAUGAUUGCAGAGCAUUGGGGGGAGGGAGGGGGGGUUUAACUUCCUUUGUUGGAGAAAGACCAGCAUUGAUGAUGUAACUGACACGCAAAGAAAAGAAAAAGAUGUCUGUGCUGCAUGUACUGUGUGAGUGAGUGUGUGAGUGAGUGUGUGUGUGUGUGUGUUAAAAGCAGGCGAAUAAUGACACAAAUUUACACAUAAAAAAUCUCACAUCCCGUAGUAAUUUUUAUUACAUUAGCACAGAUUUUCCAUGUGCUGUCCAGUGUAUACUUUAUCACUCUACCUUAUCCAAUACAGCCGAUUGCUAUUCAUGCUGAAAAGGUGGGGAAGGGGCUGAAGGUUGCAGGGCAGUGGACAUUGACCCUAGUGCAGAAAUCCCUGUCCGUAUCUGUGGGAGAGAUUUGGUAGUAAAAUAGUUCAAUAUUUGUGAAACUUUACAUCUUCCUUAUCGUCCAGAGCACGAUCAAUGCCACAACCGCAGAGACAGUUUUGGAAACUAAAAUGCAGCCAAGAAAACAAGAUCCUUCGACUUAGAAAAGAUUUGAUUUCUCUUAUGCGUCAGUGUGGCUUAACUGAAACAUGCGUUGUGUUACUCAUACCUACCAUACUUAAUACAGUUUGUUAAAGCGACAGGCCCUGAGUGAAAUCAAUUCGCUGUGCAAUGAAAUAAGGUUUUCGCCAUUUGAAACGCUUGAAUAUUUUCAGUUCAUUGUGAAACUGUGACACACUGGACAGUGGCAGAGGACGACGGUCGAGUAAGCUGCGCUGCUAAAAGGACGUGCGUGGGGACACAUGUCGCGAGUGAUCGGAAUCGCAUUGCAUCCUGGGUGCGUUCACACCCGAACUUAGAGCUGUCCGCUCGUGAUCAGAUCACCUGAGACGGAUGUUGAUACCAGGGCUGAACAGUUAACGAUGAAGUCGGAAUUACAUCCCUACAAGCUUUGACUCCCCCCCAACACAUGCAGACUCUCUCACUGCCUUUCAUGCCUUCAGACAUUUUAGCACAGACAUGGUUGCAUUUAAGCAAUUAACAACAUAUGAAAUAGUUUUUGUUCGUUUGUGAAAGGCAGAAGGUUCAUGCUAAUAUAUAUAUAUAUAUAUAUAUAUAUAUAUAGUUUUGUGACAGACCUCAGUGCUUGAUAAAGCAGAAGUAGGAAAUUAUCACUUUCCUGAGAGUCACUUGACUGAAAGGUCAUCUUUGAUCUGGAGUGGUUUCUGUCUUGUGCAUCAGUCCUGAUUAAAACAUCCUGCUGCGGUUUUAAUGAAAUGACAUGGUUCUCAGUUGUGAAACAAGAUUGUGCUCAACAAAUAUUCAUGUGACACCCCCCACCCCCCCUCCUGUCCUGUCCCCUUGUACUGUUUGUGUCAUUCGGUUUGCGACACCCAACACACGCCUACACAGCCACAAAAAAACCCCUAAAUCGGUUUUUCAAUCAGUUAGAAAAUUAUUGGUUAUUUGAAUUGUUUUCAACAACUCGGAUGAAGAAACCAGGGUUGUACGAAGUGGAAAAAACAAGGCCUCUUUUUGUACUGUAUUUUUACAUUUCGUUGUUUUAUGAUUUGUUUUAUCUUCUUGACUUUGUUUUCUCUUUUCUCCUCCCUGGUUGGAAUUUCAUGAUCACACAAGUGGACCAAAUCUCUUGAAAGCAUUUAAUAAACAGACUGUUUUAGAAAAAAAGAAA